AUGUAUCGCCUCAGCAGUGUAGGGCGGAUAGCCGCCCUUGCGUGCGUGCUGCUGUCGGCCUCCCUGCUAGCAGCUCCUUCACAUGCCUUCUACCUACCUGGAAUGUACCCGAAGGCUCAUGCUCCGAAUUCCGUGAUCAACGUCAAGGUGAACUCGCUUACUUCUAACGAGACGGGCCUUCCCUUCAACUUCUACAGCCUUCCGUUCUGCAGGCCUGAGGAGGGUAUUCAGAAGCUGGACGAGAAUUUCGGCGAGGUUCUGGUGGGAGACAUGAUCGAGAACUCGCCGUACAAGUUUAACAUGCUCGUCACGCAGCGCGCCGUCAAGGUCUGCGAUUCCGGCCCGCUGAACGAAUCUGACGUGGAGCACUUUAAGAUGCGCAUCGACGACCAUUACCACAUUAAUCUGCUGCUGGACAACUUGCCUGUGACCCUGUACGCGCUGGAGGAGAACCCCGGCGACAUUCUUACCGGAUUCCCCAUCGGUUACGUCAGCAACGGCCAGUACUACAUCUACAAUCACAUCCUUUUCAAGGUUCUCGUGCACGAGUACAAGGAGACUCCUGCCGGCCUGGCUGGCAUGUCUAUUGGCGAUUCCACGCUGGAUGUUCUUCCGGAGGAGGGUCUUCCCGAAGGAAAGGGGAACUCAGGAUUUCUUGUCGUUGGAUUCGAAUCAGCAGCGUGCAGCAUCCGCCGUGUCCCGGAUCAGUCGAAGCCGCGCUACACCGCUCUGGAUCCAGUGGACUGCUUCAAGACCGAUCCGCAGCCCAUCGCACCGGGCGAGACCAUCGUGUUCACCUUCGACGUGCUGUGGGAGAAGAGCGACAUUCAGUGGGCCAGCCGAUGGGACGCAUACCUGAAGAUGCGCAGCGACCAGGUGCACUGGUUCUCCAUCCUUAACUCGCUCAUGGUUAUCUCCUUCCUCGCCGGCAUGGUGUUCGUCAUUCUCCUGCGCUCCGUGCAUCGCGAUCUGGCGAAGAUCGAGCAGCUGGACAAGGAGGAGGCGCAGCAGCUUGCGGACGAGAGCGGGUGGAAGCUCGUGGUGGGUGACGUGUUCCGCACGCCCAACUACCCGGGCAUUCUCUGCGUCGUCGUCGCCAACGGCACGCAGCUCAUCGCCAUGGCGACCGUCACCAUCUUCUUCGCCGCGCUCGGUUUCAUGUCGCCAGCGUCGCGCGGAGCGCUGCUGAUGGGCAUGGUGUUCCUGUACCUGCUGCUCGGUGCCGCCGCCGGCUACGUGGCCGCCCGCCUGUGGGUGACCCUUACCGGGCUCACGGAGGGAGCGGUGGUUCUGGCGUUCAAGGUGGCGUGCUUCUUCCCAGGCAUCUGCGCCGUUGUGCUCACCCUGGUGAACUUCCUCCUGUGGGGCACGGACAGCACCGGCGCCGUGCCGCUGACGCUCUACUUCUACCUCUUCUUCAUCUGGUUCGUCAUCUCCGUGCCGCUCACCAUCGCCGGCACCCGCGCGGGCUUCAAAGCGGAUCGCCUGCAGUACCCCGUGCGCACGAACCAGAUCCCGCGCCAGAUUCCGGAGCAGAGCUACUCCCCGUGGCUGCUGAUCAUCGGCGGCGGCAUCCUGCCGUUCGGCACGCUGUACAUCGAGCUGUUCUUCAUCAUGUCGUCCAUGUGGAUGCAGCGCAUCUACUACGGCUUCGGCUUCCUGUUCAUCGUGCUCGUGCUGCUGAUCGUGGUGUGCGCCGAGGUGGCCGUGGUGUUCACGUACCUGCAGCUGACCAUGGAGGACUACCGCUGGUGGUGGCGCAGCUUCUUCGCGUCGGGCGCCGUGGCGUUCUACGUGUUCCUGUACUCGAUCAACUACCUGAUCGUGGACCUGCACCGCAUGCACGGCACGCUGUCCGCGAUUAUCUUCAUGUGCUACUCCACGCACGCGCGCUUUAAGGCCCACCAUUCAGUCCCCAAGGGAGGUUGGCGCAAGACUUGUCUCAGCACUAGCCGGGCGGACGGUAGCAAGCAGCUACUGCUUCCCGUCUUCCCCCUUUUUCCCCUCUUCCAUACGCUCUUCUUCCCCCUUCCCCCUCUCUGCCUUACGCCCGUUUUCCCCCUAACGCCAAUCUGCCUUACUCCCCUUCUUCCACCUUUUCCUUAUCUCCCUUGUUUUCUUUCUCCCCCUUCCCCACUCUGCCUUUCACCCGUCUUCUCCCCUUCCCCACUCUGCUUUUCAACCGUCUUCUCCCCUUCCCCACUCUCCCUUACACCCAUCUUCCGACUUUCCCCUCUCUGCCUUGCGCCCUUCUUCCCCCUUACACCACUCUGCCGUAUUUUAGCUGCCCCCUUUCCCUCAUUUCCCCCCACCCUUCUUCCCCCACUCCCCUAUCUGCCUUACACCCAUUCUUCGCCUUCUUCCCUUACUCCCCUCUCAAAUAGCCCCCCAUCUACCUCAUUCCACUCUGCUACACUGCUUUCGGUCCCUUACUCCCCUCGGCUAUACCCCACGCUCUUCACUGCUCCCCUCACGUAUACCCCUUGCUGUCCCAUAUUCCCCAUGGCUAUACCCCUUUCUCUCCCUUGCUCCGCCCGGCUAUCCCCCUUUCUCCCUCUUACUACCCUCUGCUACACCCCUUUAUCUCUCGUACUCCCCCCGGCUAUACCCAUUUACCACCCAUCCUCCCCUCGGCGCAACCCCAAUUUGUCCCUUACUCCCCCCGGCUAUGCCCCUUUCUCUGCCAUACCGCCAUCGGCUAUUUCUCUUUCUCCCCCUUCCUCCCCUCUGCUAUACCCCUGA